UCUGUUGCGCAGGCGUCUAUACACGCGUGGGAGCGCGCUGUUGCGCAUCUGUUUGGCAAGCCGGCCCCCACCACCCACCAGCUCAUCAAAGCGGUGGAGGCGUUACCCAUGACCACAUACAAACCGAUUGCUGUCCUGCGCAGAGCACCAGCCGUCGGCAGCAUGACGCGGGUCGAGCGCUCAUCUCAGCAGAGCCCUUCUGUUGACUCCAUCCUCAGUCACUUCAGUCACGCAAAGCUGCAUUCUCCAAUAGCAUCUCCAUACCGACCGGAGGAUGGCAGAAGUGUAACGGUAGCAGCACAGCAGCAACAACAGCAACCACAACAGCAGCAGGAGGAACAGUCAGCAACGAAGAUGGAGAUGAAUGGGAUCAAUGCACACCACACGGACGUUGCCACGGCACCUGUCGGUGUGGGCGGUGGUGCGAACGGCGCUAACGGUGCUAACAAUGUGGCGGAUAGCAAGCCAGACACCGCAACCACCGCUGGUCUGGAGCCUGCAGUGGCUGCCAGCGGUAAUGGUGAUGGUGGUGGCGAUGCAAGCCGUGCUGAUGGGGACGACACACGCGUGGAUCAUCAGCAGUCGAGUCAACAAGAUGACAAUGGGAACACGGACGGUGCCACAAGUUGCUCCGCACCAGCGGCAACAGCACCGACAGCAACACCAACACCAAAGAAAGAAACAGCAACGGUGAACGAGAACACAACAAGUGCUGCAGAUGCUGACGGCAAUCAAGAACUCGUCCACAACGCAACGCAACAACAACAGCAACAGCAGCAGCAGCGAGCCAGCCAUGCUGGUACUCGCGAUGAUAACGAUGCGAAGGACAGUGACGCGAAGCGAGCGAAGGUGGAGGCAGCAGACACCGAAACGCAACAGCAAGAACACACACGUGCUUCUGGCGCUGACAGCAGUGGCAGCAGCAACCGUGCUGAUGGUGUUCGCGGUGCUCGCGGUGAGGGCGAUGGGGAUGAUAGUGAUGAGGUUGAAGAGUUUGUUCAAGGAAAGUCAUCGCCUGGGGCGAGCGGCCAUGGGCGCGCAGCGGUUGAGGCAACAGCAUCCGCUGAUCACGAGGAGGCAACACCACCUGUGAACACAGCAGCAACAACACCAGCACCAGCAGUACUAGCACCACCACCAGCACCGACACCAGCACCGACAGAACAGGGGUUGAAACCUGUAGAGAGCGGUGAAGUGUCUGCCGCAGAGACGAUCACCAACAUCGCCUCUGUGAGCAAGAGCAGCAGCAGCAGCAGUCGCGCUGCUGGUGAUGAUGACGAGGACACUGGCGGUGAUGGCGCUCGUGCGCGUGGGCACGAAGCCAGUGCACCUGCACAGGACCCAAGGCACAGUGGGCGCAGGCGCAGUGCGGAGAGGGGCGGAGAUGCCGUGGAUAAAGGCGCGCGCGGCGACACAAAAGGCGAGAGGGCAGAGGGCAAUUCCGACGCAUCUGUACCAUCACCGCCAUUUGACGAAAGGGGUGUGCGCCCGCCACCAUCGCCGUCAUCCGCGUCGUCGUUGCCAACUUCGCGGCGUGAUCAGAGGGGCGGAGGCGACAGGGGAAGCACCAGGGGUGGGAGGGCGCGGGACGCUGAACGGGACGCGGUCAGGAGCGGCGACAGGGACGACAAGGCGAGGCAGCAGGACAGGAGGAAAAGUGGCAGAGAUGCAGACAGAAGUGGAGACAGACCACAGGACCGUGGUCGCGAGCACAGGAGGUCUGGUCACGAUGGCGAGAGCAGGGGUGUCGCUACUCGCACACGCACGCGUACACGUACACGCAGCCGCUCGCCUUCCACGCACACAACACGCACACGCACGCGCACGCGCGCAGAUACAAAGCGGGAUGACCGCGCUACCACUCACACCCGCAGCAGCACUCGUGGUGAUCGUGGUGACCGGCACCGGAGUCCCCUUCCGCGGCGCGACUCCUCCCGUGAUCGCCGCGACGACGACUUCAGGCGGGACAGAGACAGGGGCAGAGACAGAGACAGGGAGCGCAAACAAGAGCGCGAGCGAGGUCGCAGUGGUGACCGUGACCGUGACCGUGACCGUGACCGUGACCGUGACCGUGAUCGUGAUCGUGAUCGUGAUCGUGAUCGUGAUCGUGAUCGUGAUCGUGAUCGUGAUCGUGAUCGUGACGGCCGCCAGCGUCGGGCGUCGCCAAGUCGAGGGCCGCGCGAUGACGAGGAACGGAGCAGACGCGGCCACUCGCCAUUGCGUCGCAGUGGCCACACACGAGCGCCGUCCCCUUCACCAUCUGCAUCCUCGCAUGCACCUGGCGCCACCAGCAGCAGUACCACCAGUCGGCGCCGUGGUGGCAGCCAACCCCGCGACGGAGUGCGUGGUCGUGAUGGUGAUGGUGAUGGUAAUGGCGGUCGUGGUCGUGAUCGUGGUCGCAGUAACGGUGAUGGCAGUGAUGCAGCGAGCAGAGACCGGCGGACAACGCCGCACGGGCGCUCACGCCGUGACGAGCGAGGUGGCAGUCGCACACGCGACACCACAAUUGCCGCCGCCGCCACUGCCAGAAACCGCAGCAGUAGAAGCAGCAGGGUGAAACGUGGUGGAGAGGAGAGUUGGGGCAGUGGUCGUUCCAGUGCGCAUGUGUCACCGCAGAAAUCGUCACGUUCACAAAAGCGGCAGGUGGAUGAUGACAGCGUGAGCGCGAAAGACGAUGCAAGCAGUGCCGGCGACAGCAGUGCUCCUAAGCGCGCCAAGACCCAGGAUGAACAAGAGCUUGCACUGACGCGGGAGAUGCUGACUCAGCGCGGGAAAACAGAAAAGCACACAGCACAGGAGCGCUUUGCAACACAGCCCAAGCUCGGCUGCGUGUACACGUGUCUGGCGAGCAUCGACUUUGUGUGGGCGGUGCGCGCAAAGGCUAUGACGCAACCGUUUCGGGCCAAGGAUCAGCUGUUCAGAACCACACAUGCGUACCUGCGCUUCGCACUGCACCAGUGCCAGAAGUUGAAGGUUGAGGCUCUGCAGCCAGUCAUCAAGUGUCUCACGUGUAUGCUACUGCACGCACAGUAUGACAACAGCAUCGCCUUUGUAAAGAACUCCACGACGUCGCUCUUGUCCUUCUUCAAGGCGACCCUCGCCCAAAGCAACGCAGACGCAGCAGCAGCUGCCACCACCACCAACACCACCACAACUACCAACUCGGCUGCAAGUAACAGCGCCACAGGCGCAUCGACGAGCGGAAGCCGAAGUGCAAUGUCGUCGCUGUCGUCACUGCAUCUCCCGCAACCAACGGCUGCAACAGCAACAGCAUCGCAACAGCGUGCAGGCAGCGGGGCCGGUGGUCGAAAGCCGAUCCACCACCACAAUCACCCCCAUCAGCACCACCACCACCACCACGGCAAAGGUAGUGGAGGGUCGUCAUCACACGGCCCAAGCCCCGUCAACUUUGGGGCAGCAUCUGGUGGGCACAUCACGCAUGGCCAGUCGAGCGUGUCGCCGCCUUCGUCCGUGGGCAGCUUGUCGGUGAGCGGAGUGUCGCCCCACCGCGACCGGGCAUCACCGCCCGUGCUUGGGAGUGGACGUGGUGAUGUGACGUUGUCUCACGAGCAGGCCUUGUCGCUGACGCAUUUGCUGUCACUCAACAGCCACCGGCUGCACGCGAGCGAUGACUGGCGUGUGCUCAUGGUGGAAGCACGCCAACUGGGUGGGGAGGGGCACGGUAGCGGCGAGCAGGCGGCAGGCAUCAUGCAGACGAUUGCCGGGCUUGGCGACCUUGCACGUGCGGUGAGGGAGUGGCACACGUCCAUGGCAGCGCUGCGUGCUGUUGUGGAGGAGGUACGCAAGGCGGAGGAAGCCAAGGCCGACGAAGAAGAGGCGAGCGUGACUGCGACGAAGCGCCAAGGAAAAGGACAGCAGGCGAGCAAGCGUGCGGCAGCAGUGGGCGACGCCAAGCAGAGGGAAGGCGAAAAGCCGAGUAAGAGAUAGCAGUGAUGGGUGGGUUGAGCGCAGGGGCCAAUUCCUGCCCGUUGCUGGCAAUUGGAUCAUACAUUCUCGUGUGUGUGACGAGGGAGAACAGGGAGGUGUGUGUGUGUGUGCGCGCGCGCGCCUGUGUGUGUGCAUAUCCGAGGGGGACUUUGUAGUGCGUCGAGGAGAGUUUGUCACAUCGUGUGUGUGUGUGUGUGUGCAUUGCAGACCAAAGGCGCGUUCUUGUGCGUGUGUGCUGCUGAUUGACUCCUUGAUGGUGUUAGUUUGACUGACUGGCCAUACACGAACCAACACAG